CAGCUGGGAGUGAGCGGCGCGCUCACGCCUCUGGAAAGCGCGCUCACGACAACUCGAGGGCGCGCCCGUAAACGUUGCUCAGGCUUCAAGAUGGCGGAAGCCCUGACAACCGAAGAAGAGGUUGUGGUGGAGGAGUUCCUGGCUAAAUUAAGAUGUCGGGAACAGUCGCAGAACGCCACCCUCGUCAGCCAGAUCACUGCCGUCAAGUUCCUAAUGGCACGGAAGUUCGACGUCUCCAGAGCCAUAGACCUCUUCCAGGCUUACAAGUAUACAAGGAUAAAGGAAGGUAUCUACAAUAUUAAUCCCAAUGAAGAACCUUUGAGGACUGAGCUACUAAGUGGAAAAUUUACUGUCCUGCCAGGGCGUGACGCUAAAGGUGCAGCCUUGGCACUUUUCACUGCCCGUCUCCACCGUCCUGACGUCACUUCCCACAAGGCUGUUCUUCAGGCCAUUAUCUAUCAGCUGGACAAAGCCAUAGAGAGCCUUCAGACUCAGAGAGAUGGUUUAAUAUUCAUCUACGACAUGACAAACUCCACCUACGCCAACUUCGACUACGAACUCUGUGUCAAAAUUUUAAACCUCCUCAAAGGAGCGUUUCCUGCCAGGUUAAAGUGCGUGUUCAUCGUGUCAUCGCCACUUUGGUUUCGAGCUCCGUUCGCUGUUCUGCGUCUUUUCGUGCGGGAGAAACUCAGAGAGAGGGUGUGUACAGUAAAAGCUCAUGAACUGGCUAAUUACAUCCCGGUCAGCUCGCUCCCGGAGCACCUGGGUGGCACGUCACAGUACAGUCACAUGGCCUGGAUCCAGUCAUGUGUUAAUUCCACCCUGAACAACUCCACUGAUGGUAACACGGACUGUCUGGAUGGCCUGCUGCACUCCUACUGCCAGGAUCAAAACCAGACGGCCAACGCCAACCCCGGUGCCACGUUAAUUGGGAACAGCCUUGACGACGGCAACGCUAAUCCUCAGAACCACCGGCACACCCACUGGAAUGGUCUGACACCGCUCAGCUCGAAUGCCAACAUCGCUAAUGGCCGUCAAGCUCCGCCCCCUCAGUCGGACACGCCCCCAGACACCCCACUGCACCACAAACACAACACAGAAACACAGUCAGCGCCGAAGGAAGGCAUGAACGACUGCCGGAGAGACGGCAAUGGCGCAGAGCAGGAAGCCGACUUUCUUGGCAAGGAAGAGGAAGCAAGAGAUGGAGUCCCACCCCUUCCUCAGAAGUCGUCGAGGCCGACACCUCUGUCACGCAGCCCAGCCCACGAGACAAGCUGGCCAAUUGGAACGGCAUCGGUACACACGGCUGAACCAGGGGGCAUGACAGUGCAGGAGCUGGUGCAGCAUGUCAAAACCAAAAAGAAGAAAGGCAUCUACGAGGAGUACGAGGAGAUCCGGAAAGAGCCGCCUGCUGGAACCUUCGAUUAUUCAAAGAAACCAGCUAACCAGGUCAAAAACCGCUACAGUGACGUGCUCUGUUUGGACGAAUCGCGUGUUCGACUUUGUCCACUGACUGAUGACGACGAUGAGACAUCAGACUACAUCAACGCUAGUUUCAUGGAUGGCUACAAGAUGACGAAUGCGUACAUCGCCACUCAAGGGCCUCUGCCGAAAACAUAUGGCGAUUUUUGGCGAAUGGUAUGGGAGCAAGUGGUUUUAAUCAUAGUCAUGACAACGAGAGUUGUGGAGCGAGGCAGAGUGAAGUGUGGACAGUACUGGCCCCUGGAAGCAGGUCGCACAGAGGAGUAUGGGUACUUCCUAGUGAGAAACGUUCACAUCGAGAUGUUUCAGGAUUUUAAACUUUCGCAUCUGGAGCUCUAUAACAGUCAGACUGGUGAGUGUAGAGAGGUGUCUCAUUACCUGUACAUGAGCUGGCCGGAUUUUGGCGUUCCAAAAUCUGCCUCGGCCAUGUUGGAUUUCCGGGCAGAGGUGAAGCAGAGGCAGGAACUGGCAUUGCGGGCGAUAUUUCCUGAUUGGACGGGACCUCCCGGAGGCCCUCCCAUCGUCGUGCACUGCAGUGCUGGAAUCGGAAGGACAGGUACGUUCUGCACGCUGGACAUUUGUCUCUCACGCCUCGAGGACAUCGGGACGGUGGACGUGAAGCAGACGGUGCGGCACAUGCGCACUCAGCGUGCCUUUAGCAUCCAGACGUGGGACCAGUAUUACUUCUGCUACCGAGCCGUGAUAGAGUACGCACAACAAACAGGACGCCUCGCGCCCGUCGAGUGGUCCGACACAGAGCUGGAGACGGACAGCGAGUGACCUAAAGCGAGAGAAAGAGUAAGAAUCAAGGUGCCAAAAGGAAAAGAAGAGGUUCUAGGCUCUUUUUUUUGUUUGUUUUGUCUGGAGGGCAUGUGUCUGCAGGUGGAGCGCCGUGUUCCUACUCGGCUAUUUUUGCCCCCUUGCUGGGCAGAAAGGAGGAAAAAAAAAAGCAGGAAGUAAUAAGAGAUAAGGCGUGGAGGAGAAGAUUCUCUCUCUGCCUGCCACUCUGCAAUCCCCUUUCAGAGAGUUGUGGCUUGGCAUACGAGUUGUAGCAGUGAAAAAAAAAAGAAAACAAAAAAAAAAGACGCAUUGAACGAGAGACGAUUUAAACUCUUCCCCAGCUUGCCCCCUUUUUCCUGAGAAAUAUUCUGAUAUCCGUGUCGUGCAACUCGGGGUUUGUGUCACACUUGUGAAAAUGGUGUGAAAGUGUUGAAAACUUGAAAAAAGAUUUUUUUUUGUAUCCAUCCCAUCAUCAUGGUAAGAUCGUGUGCAAACUGGGUGCCGCAUGUCCAUUUGAUUUCAUCAUUCUUAUAUUUAUCAUACACUAACCUUCAAACCAAAGGUAACGCGUCGAAUGCUUGGAUGUAUCUAUGAUGAUCAGUGUCUCAAAUCUUGUAUAGUCUUGUAAGAUACAUUUAUAUAUUGUGCAUAGUAACCUUUUGGCGGGGGGAAAAAAAAAGUCUUGUUUUAAUAUAAUACUCAAUGUUAUUCAGAAAUAUAUAUAUAUAUAUACAUAUAAAUGAAUAUAUGUAUAAACAGUAUGUCGGGGUAGAACAAUAUGAUGGAGAGAUUAGAAUAUCACAGAAAACGAAAUAUCACGCUACUUCCAGUUGUGCAUCGCAUUGGAAUGUUUUUUUUUUAUCUUUUCUUUGAUUAAUCUACUUGAUGACUCAAUUGAUCGCCUUUAAAUCCGGGGCUCAUGUUCACCAAGUGACCAGGAGAUUAUAAUUUUUUUUUAAUAGGUUAACCCUUUUAACCCUGGUUUAUUAAGCUGAAGGUCAGUGUGUUGCCAAACAAAUACAAAUCAUGAGAUCGAAGGAUUUUAGCAAAAUUGUUCUGAUAGGGGGUGGGGCUUAUUUUAGGGGCCAAACCAUUCAACCAGAAACUAGCCAAGUCGAUUGCAUGUCAAAUUUUUUUUUUAGCUGAAAAUGAUGCUAAUGCCAAGUCUAGAAUCAUCUUUAACAUCUACGCAUUUAAUGUAAAAUCACCUUGACCUGACCUCCUCGUUCUUAGAUCACUUGGGAUAUAGUGGCCUUCAAACUUCAUAUCACUGCCUUUAUAAAAAAGAAAACUGUAGUUAGACUCUUACUCCUGCUCGUUUCCUUCUUUAUAAACUACGCUCCCGUCUCAAACCCUGCUCUUCAAUCACAGUAAACUGAAUUCUUGAUACUCACCAACCCGACUCGUGUCGCAGGUGCAGGUGGAUUGGGACGGAGCCAGCGCCCGUGCAGUGUGAAGUCCCGGGGCUCUGAGUCACCUUGGGAUUUAUUUGUGCCUUCAAGCUUUCAGUCGCGCAAAAGAUUCUCGUUUCAAGAGCAGAAACGCUGCGUCUUGCAUACGUACGAGGAUUAUUAUAUUCGAUAAUCUCAGGGGUAUAUUUGCUGUUGUCCUAGUGUCAAUAUUUUCUCUCUCUCUUUUUUUUUUUUUUUUUUUUUGCAUCAUUUCAAAAUGCAGCAUAGCAAAUACUUUGUAUCAUACAACAACCUGUAUUAUAGUCUCUCUUUUCUUAAUUUAUGUCUUUGUACAAAUUCAGCAGUAUUUGAAAUUCGAGUAUCGGUACGGCCGAAAAAGAAAUCACGUUUUUAAUUUGAUAAGCUAACAAUCAUCUGACUGACUUUGAUUUCAUGCCACUUCUGGAUCCAUGUUACUUGCUAUUUAGCUUUUGGCAGAAGAAUGUCUAUUAACACAAAAAAGCGUUGUUUUGUUUAACUAGAAAGCCUGUUGCUGACACGCAAAAAUAUGCUAAUUUGGGAAGUUAGGAGAUUAUGUAAUAGUGAUGAGAACAGAAUACUCUUCAUUAUGCUGGCUUCUUUAGUUGAAGGAAAGGCUGCGUUCCAAUACGUUGUCUGAACACACCCUUGUCGACUUCCCUUUUACCUUUAGGGGCAAUACUUUGAGUCUGUCAAACUUCUGUAUCAAAGAAGGAAAGGAUCCUGGUUAGACUGAGAGUCUUAGGAGCUCCGAGACUUGCAGUAAAACACAUUCACUCUUACUACGUCUUAUAAUACGGUUAUUGCCAAAAAAAGUGUUUUGUUCCUUUUAUCACUUACAUUAUAGCAGCUAUAAACAGUCAUCACUUCACCAGACACACUUUUCCCUCUUACUUUCUGGAAAAAGAAAUGAUCACGUUAGCAAGACUUUUACAUGUCGAACAAAACGUACUGACUGUUACCCAGCAGUGAAACUGGAGACUUCUUCCAUUAGGAGGUUAGAUUAUGUGGUGCUUCUCAUGUCCUCAGCUGUUACUAUAGAAAAGGUAACAUUAGAACAAGUGCAUUUAAUAAAAGCCUGCGAUUGGUCAUGCAGUCGGUGCUACAGACAACAAAUCAACACUUUCUGACCAAUCAGGACUCAGCAGCACUGUGUGUGUAUUUAUUUUUAUUUUUUUAAAAGACGUACGUCCUUUUUAAUACGAUGCUCAGAAGUCGGCGUGGGUGUGUUACAGCGGUAUUUGGAACGCGGUAUUGGAUUCGGAUAAGAUUUGCGCGACAGGCGGAUAAAAAGGGAAACGUGCGACUGUACGUGCGCUCGGCGGUUCCUUUUCCGUUUUCAGUUGGAAACGUGCGCAGCGACAGAAGCGAUGAAUGUGGGAGAAAAUAUUUAUAUCAUGUAUCAUUUUUACCCGAUGUUGACUGCGAUUACGAUUAUUAUAUAAAUAACAAAUCCGCUAUAAAGCAGUGUCUGUAUAUUACGAUCAUUUCUAAAGUGAAACUCUUGCAUGGACGGACGGCGUCAGGUAAAACGAGCGUCACUGAGAAAAAGCGAGCGGCGGAAACGGGAGCUGUUGAGUUUCUGUAUUGAUGAUGAUGAGAAAGCUGGAAAUGCAGCUGUAUUUCAUAUAUAUAUAUAUAUUUUUGGUUUCUCAUCGGUGCCUGAUGUUUUUGUGAUUGAGUAAUGGUCUUUUUACCUGCCGCCUGCAUUAGUGUCAUAGUAAACAUGACUAUUAUUCUGAAA